GAGCCGAGAUCGCGUCACUGCACUCCAGCCUGGGUGACACAGUGAGAUCCUGUCUCAAAAAAGAAAAAAAGAAAGAAAGAAAGAAAGAAAGAAAGAAAGAAAGAAAAAGAAAAGAAGGCAAACCAGUAAAACAAGAAUUUCUGUACAGUCCGCGCCUAUCCAUAGCAAAAUGGAGGACUUCUCCAGGGAACUGCAACUCCCAAGAAGCAAUGCGAGGGAAGGUGGCGGUCACAAUUUUUUCCCCGUCUGCACCUCUAGGUCCAAUAUUGGAAAUAGGUGCUGACGUUUAAAUAACACAGCGUCCUCAUACUAAAUCUGGGGGGGAACUGGUAACUCGAAAACCAAAUACUCGGUCUUCCGAAAGAACUAACUCAACCUACUCCUCUGCAAGAGGGUCCGAAAACCAUUGUUACGCCCAUUGGGUAGCCCCGCCCUUGGGGGGGGCAAAGGGCGUGAAAGCGGAAGUGACGACACCCGGCGCUCCACUAAAUAGCCGUAGACGGAACCUCGGCUUUCUCUCGGCCUUAGCGCCAUUUUUUUGGAAACCUCUGCGCCAUGAGAGCCAAGUGGAGGAAGAAGCGAAUGCGCAGGCUGAAGCGCAAAAGAAGAAAGAUGAGGCAGAGGUCCAAGUAAACCGCUAGCUUGUUGCACCGUGGUGGCCACAGGAGCAGAAACAUGGAAUGCCAGACGCUGGGGAUGCUGGUACAAGUUGUGGGACUGCAUGCUACUGUCUAGAGCUUGUCUCAAUGGAUCUAGAACUUCAUCGCCCUCUGAUCGCCGAUCACCUCUGAGACCCACCUUGCUCAUAAACAAAAUGCCCAUGUUGGUCCUCUGCCCUGGACCUGUGACAUUCUGGACUAUUUCUGUGUUUAUUUGUGGCCGAGUGUAACAACCAUAUAAUAAAUCACCUCUUCCGCUGUUUUAGCUGAAGAAUUAAAUCA